CUCGGCGAUUGGUACGGCAUACUGGUAUUCCCCUCUGCCCCCUCGCGGCUGUGUUGUUCAUGACGUUCAGUCGAUCGUGAACCGUGCGGUCCGGUCGAGCAGUGUGUAUUGGCUUGAUAUAAAAUAAACGAGAACCUUGCUGUUAUAUAAGACGGACUUCUGAUUAACUUCACAUAUCCCCUUUACCUUUUGUUUGCAACUGAUCUUACACGCUUCGCCGAUAUCAAAAACAAGAUGCCUGAGCAACAGAGACUCGCUUCCCUCGAUAGUUCGACCGCUAGCCGCCUCCCGGCUUACUCCCAGACGCUCUUUGAGGCCAAGACAGAAAAGGGCUUGACCUUCGAGGCCAUUGCCCAGCAUCUGGGGCGGAGUGAAGUUGCCGUUGCCGGCUUGUUCUACGGGCAAGUCCAGGCCUCGGCCGAGGAUGUCGACAAGCUGUCCGAGCUGCUCAGUGUUCCUAAGGAAGCCAUUGCCAAGCAGAUGAUGGGAUUCCCUGACCGCGGCCGGGCAGGCCCCAUGCCUCCAGUUGAGCCCUUGAUCUACCGUCUGUACGAAAUCGUCCAGAACUAUGGCUAUGCCUUCAAGGCGGUCAUGAACGAGAAGUUUGGCGACGGAAUCAUGAGCGCCAUCUGCUUCAACACUACCGUUGACAAAGAAGUCGACGAGACUGGCGCCUCGUGGGUGGUCAUCACCCUCAAGGGAAAGUGGCUUCCCUUUGCUCGCUUCUAAACGAAACAAUUCGAACUACCAACCUUUGUAUAUAUUGAUCAGCCCUCUUUGAAAGAAUAAAAUGAAAUAGAACUCAUAGCCCAGUCUCGCAUCGCCAGCCUUGGCGCUUCACGGCGACAGACGGCCGUUUCCGAGGAUGACGAUGCACACGCAACCACUGCAACACAAUACCACAUUCUCUUUAUAGCCAUACCUGAAUGUUUCAAAACUGAAGAAAGAAGGGUCUGCAUGCAUAGUUGGGGCGAUCGGCAUUGUCAGUGUCGAGUUGACUCGAGUCUUAUUUUCCAUGGGGCGGAGAAACAAUAGGAAGGAGGAACAAUACUAAGCGCCACACGUCGCCAACCAAACAAACCCCUGAGUAGCUGCCAAACAUUUGCGCAAAGCGGUAUGCGUACACUACAAUAGCAACAAGCAAGAAUAAUGAUUAACUUCGAUCAGGCACA